CCUACCAAUCAACACCAUAAUGACCAUAUCUGGACAUCCAACAUUUUGCGCAAUCGCAAUGGAAUCUGGCGUUUGCUGCAUCCAAGCACGCCUUAUUCGACCUUGGGGAAGCUUCGUUUCCUACAAGUUCCCGUGCUUCUCCUCACUUAACCCAAGUCGUCUGUUCCACGAGGUACCAUAUAAAGGACGCAUAAAUGGGCCUCUAGAUUGUGCAAUGGUACAGACGCAACCUUCUUUUCAUCCAGAUCAGCCAAAUUCGCAUUUUUGCAGGGUCUACUGACUUCGGCGUCAUGGCUUCGCUGCUUAGUCGACUCCGGCGAAGAAGUCCCACUCCAGAACAGGAGGCAGAUUCAAUUGCAACAACAGGGACGAAUGAGCCAGCCACAGAAAUUGUUUUAGAGGUAACUAAGCCUCAAGACAAAGGUCAGGCUCGUGAUGAUGAGAAACAUGACGAUUCCACUGGAGUGUCUGGGUCUAGCGAUAUCGACGACGAGGCAGACCUUCCCGACGAUGUACGCGAACUUCCUAGGAUCGUUCGUAAUAUUGUCAGUCUGGAGGAUGAUCCAAAUGCUCCGACGAUAACCUUCAGAUACUUUGUUCUCUGCUUCAUCUUUGUUCCUCCUGGUGCUAUCUUGUAUCAAAUGGGCAUCUACCGUACCACAUCUGCUGUUUACCCAGUGCUCUUCGUCCAAGUCGCUUCACACUACGUCGGCCAUUGGCUUGCGGAGAUCUUGCCCAAGACUACGAUUCGCAUUCCCUUUACAAAAUUCGAGUUCAGUCUCAAUCCAGGGCCAUGGCAUAUCAAAGAAAAUGUGCUCGUUACCGUUACCGCUGCCUCAGGGGCCACCUCUAACGCGGCAUGGGCGUGUAUUUCGCUAGCUCAGCUCUACUACAAUACCAAAAUUCCAGCUGCAGCAUGCAUUUUCUUCAUGUGGGCCAUUGUCUACAUCGGAUAUGCUAUGGCGGCACUUGCACGGCAGCUUUUGCUCUAUGACCCGAUCUACACUUGGCCGUACUCGCUCAUGCAGACUGCUGUCUUCGAAACGCUGCGUAAGUCUGCUCGUGAUUCCUGGAUCGCUCGGAAACAAAAAUACGCCUUCUUCGGUGCAUUGGGAUUCAUCAUAGUCUGGCAGUUUCUCCCUGAAUAUGUUUUCCCCCUGCUGAGCUCGCUCUCGUUCCUCUGCUGGGUUGCACCGCGAAAUCCUACCGCGAACUUUCUCGGUGCCGGUAUUGGCGGAAUGGGCUUCCUCAAUCUUAGUCUCGACUGGGCGAACAUCUCAAAUCAAUCGCUUACCAGUCCGAUGGUCGUUCCAUUUUGGACCACUGUUGUUUUGACCGUGGCCUUCGUAUUCAACAGCUGGAUUCUGCUCCCAGCAGCGAAAUGGGGAAACCUUGGAGAAUACAAGUUGAAUUUGAUGAGCAAUCGGGUUUUUCUUGAAAACGGCACACGGUACCCAGCGGCGCAGCUGAUGACUGCCGAUCUGCAAUUCAACGAGACCGCUUAUGCUGAGCUGGGACCAAUUUACAUGGGCACGCAGGCCAUCUGGAGUCUCUUCUUUGACUACUCGAGCUACAUCUCAGCAUUGACCUGGAUGCUUCUGUUUGGGUACCCUCAACUCAAAGCCACCUACCAAAAGCUCCGCAUGCGCGUAGUACACCGAGGGGCAGACAACAUUAACCACCUCUACACCGACCGACUCAACGUGUUACAGCGCUCAUACAAGGAGGUUCCGCUGUGGUGGUAUAUUGCUCUCUUUAUCGCCUCCUUUGUGACCAUCAUCACGAUCCUGGGCUGCGGCUAUUUCUUCAUUCCCAUUUGGACCUUCAUCGUUGCGAUCUUCUCUACAGGCGUCAUGAUCAUCCCAUUCUCCUGGCUAUACUCCUUCUCCUCUUUCCAGGUGCCCAUCGGUUCCUUUAACGAGCUCCUCUACGGCUUUAUGAUACAUGCCGUAAGCGGUCACCGACACCCAGCUGGUGCCAAUGCCUACGGCUCCAUCGCAGGAGACGUCUGGUACCGGGCGCAGUAUAUGCUGCAGGACCAAAAGAUUGGACACUACAUGCACGUACCUCCGCGAACAAUCUUCUUCUCCCAGAUCUUCGGCGAGCUGAUCGGUGUGCCCAUCAACUACGCUGUCAUCCAAUGGGUUCUCUCCGCAAAGAAAGACUACAUCCUCGGCAUCAAGAAAGACCCCUUGAACCAGUGGACCGGUCAAAGUCUGGCCAACUACAACACGAUGGGCGUCCAGUACGUCCUCAUCGGCCCAAAACGCCUCUUUGCCCAGCACAUGUACAAACCCCUUCCCUAUGCAUUCCUCUACGGCGCCUUGGCCCCUCUAGCCCUCUACAUCCUGCACCGUCUCUUCCCAAAGUCCAAGCUCAAGUUCCACCUGUGGAACGUGACAAUCUUUGGCGCCGGCGUCAGCCAGUUCUACGGAAACCUGUCCACAGGAUACAUCUCACGGUUCAUAGUGGGCUAUGUCUGCAUGUUCUGGUUCUACAGGCGUAGAUUCGAGACAUGGAAGAGGUACAAUUACAUCGUUGCCGCUGCCCUGGAUGCGGGAUUCAAUGUGGCCAUGUUGAUCAUGUUCAUCGCGUUCUCGAGUGGCAAGGUCGUGUCGAUGCCGAACUGGUGGGGAAAUAAUGCGGAAAGUGUCGAGAGGUGCUUUGUGCUGGAUGACUGAUAGGCCUUCUGCAAAAGGAAGUAUGUUAUCUUCCUCAGUGAGAGAUAUUGAAAUAUCUGAUAAUUUUUGUUCGCCUACCAGAAUGCGUAGUUAUUGG